UUUUGUUUAUUUCGUUCGUUGUUUGUAGGUGGCGUGGAAAUUUUCAUUUAUAAUAGGAUUUUAUACUUUUAAGUAUAUUUAAAAUAAGAAGACUUGUAAUAAAAUAACAUGGAUUUCCAAAACCGCCCCGGCGGCAAAACCGGGGGUGGCGGCGUAGCAUCAUGGUCAGAGAGCAACAGAGAUCGACGGGAGCGGCUCCGACAACUCGCACUUGAGACUAUUGAUCUAAAUAAAGAUCCCUAUUUUAUGAAAAAUCAUUUAGGGUCUUACGAAUGCAAACUAUGUUUAACUCUUCAUAAUAACGAAGGAAGUUAUUUAGCCCAUACUCAAGGCAAAAAGCAUCAAGCAAACUUGGCCAGGAGGGCUGCAAAGGAAGCCAAAGAGGCUCCUCAGCAAUUAGCUCCCGAAAAGCCAAGAAUAGAGCCAAAGAAGUUUGUGAAGAUCGGAAGACCUGGCUACAGGGUUACUAAACAGAAAGACCCAGAAAAUGGACAACAAAGCUUGCUUUUCCAAGUAGACUACCCAGAAAUUGCUGAAUCUGUAACUCCGAGACACCGCUUCAUGUCGGCCUAUGAGCAGAAAAUCGAGCCUCCAGACCGCAGAUGGCAGUACCUGCUCUUUGCAGCUGAGCCUUACGAGACAAUUGCCUUCAAAGUCCCCAGCAGGGAAGUGGAGAAACAUGAUUCCAAAUUCUGGACUCACUGGAACAAGGACACGAAGCAAUUCUUCCUUCAAUUUGCAUUUAAAAUGGAGCAGCUACGUAUGCCUCCUCCACCGAAGAUGUGGGAGAACCAUGGGAUGCGACUGCCGCCUCCACCAGGUGCGCCCAUGAUGGGAGUACCACCACCCCCACCCCUUCUUCCUGUACCACCUCCACCCCCAUCUAUGUAGUUUUAAGAGAUUUUGUAUUUAGGCAUUCCUAAAAUAAAUAAUAAAAAACAAUU